AUGUCGGAGGAACCAUCAGCCACAGAAACAUGGGAUGGAACGAACAAAGAGUUGUUCCAUUCACUGGAGCAUCCAGGAUACACAGUCUCCUCGGAUCCCACCACUCAUGUCGGCGGUUGGUUGGCCCACCGCGCUGGUCUCGAAACAUCAGCUGAAGACGAUACGUUGGACUGGAUUCAAACAGAAAUUGCUCCAUAUAUCACGAAAUUCGACUAUUCUACCAUGCCCAUUGGACGAGCACCCAAAAUCUUGGUACUCUACGGAUCGCUGAGGCCAACCUCAUUCAGUCGCAAACUCGCCUAUGAAUUUGCUCGUUUAUUGGAGCUCUUGGGUUGCGACGUGAGAGUUUACAAUCCACGUGGUCUGCCUGUACGAGACCCUGCCUUGGAAAAUGAAAUCAAAGUGCUGGAAUUACGAGCCUUGACGCAUUGGUCGGACGGACACAUGUGGGUUAGUCCGGAAAUGCAUGGGACUAUUACAGGCACCUUUAAGAACCAAAUUGAUUGGAUCCCCUUAAACACUGGAUCCGUUCGACCUACCCAAGGCAAAACUUGUUGUGUGGCACAAGUCAACGGCGGCAGUCAAUCCUUCAAUGCUAUCAAUGCACUGCGACUGCUGGCAAGAUGGAUGAGGAUGCCUUGCUGCACAAAUCAGUCUUCGGUCGCCAAGGCCUGGCAGGAGUUUGAUGACAAAGGGCGCAUGAAAGAUUCUGGUUUCCGAGAUCGAGUGGUGGACGUGGCAGAAGAAUAUGCCAAGUUCACAGCUGUUAUGGUGCCCGUGGCUGACGACUUGACAAACCGAUACAGCGAACGCAAAGAGAAAAUAAAAGAGGGGCGACUACUGACACAAGCCGAAAAAGAGUUGAAGAAAACUAUUGAUGAGUCUCGAAAAGCCUAG